UCAUAUCUAAAAAUGUGCAUUAUCUAUAUCCUUAAAUAAAUUUAAAUGGCCAUGUUCUUGUAUUUUGGAUUUUAUGGUUAUAUUGAAAGGAUGGAUCACUCUUGUAACUUGAUACAUUAUCAAGUAAAGAAUAAUCAGUUUGAUUUUAAAAUCCCUAUUUCAUAGUUCUUUACUUAUAGCAAUAAUUCCUAAUUGAAUCGAUUGUUUCAGAAAUGGGUUCCUGUACAUGGAUUCAAGAAAGCGGCAUCAGAAAAGGACAAGAAUUGGCUGAUUGAGGUGCCGCAGAAUGCAGAUCCGUAUGAAGAUCAGUUCGAGAAGAAAGCGACGGCCAAGAAAGAGAGGGUUGCCAAGAACGAGUUCAGUCGGCUGCGUAACAUUGCUGCCUCUCACAACAUCAAAGUUCCCAACAUGGGAAUAUUAACCUCUGAUAAGCUGUCGUCAACAGAGUUGAAAACUGCGGAAGGUGUUGCCAAGCUAUCAACAGCAUCACUCGGAAAAUUCCAGCCCAAACUCAGGAAAGAGAAAGAAAACAUCAAGCAGAAAAACAUUCCCGGCGUUCAGAAAAGGAAAAUGACAGUUGUGCCAGCUGCGGUCGAAAAAGCAUCGAAUCUGGAAAUUCUGGACGGAAUUCUGAACAAGAAACCCAAACUGGAUGUGGACAAGGCGGUCAACAAGCAAAUAUUUGUUGAACAACAACAGCGAGCUCAAGAGAAGAAGAACGAAAAACCGAAAGGUAAAGGCAAGAGGAAAGGGCAUGCAAAGGGAGGCGGCGCCGGGGGUGGAGCAGGGGCUAAGGGGGGCGGAGCCAAGGGCAAGAAGUCAGCCAUGAUUGCGUCGAAAAUCGGCAAAGUGAAGGGCAAGAGGAAACACGGAGGAAGUGCAGGAGGAAAGAAAGUGGGAAAACGGUAUUCGGGUGGAGGAAAGAGACGUUAAUAAAGUAUGAUUAAUUUUUAAUAAUGUUUUGUCAACUCAAGUUACCCUGAAAAGUAAUACUGUGUCAUAAGUUA